UAUAAUAAUAAUAAUCAGACACAAUGUAAUAGAUAGGUAUGGUACUAUUAUAGGUACUUAUAAAUAUCGUUAGUCGCUAUGACGAUAAUAUUAGAAUGUGAAAAAAUAAAAUAUCCAUUUGAUGUCAUCGACCAUCAUCGUGCCGAAUCCGUGAUAGGAUGGGCAAUGGCAAUUACUAAUUUAAAUACCUACAUACAUAUUAUUACAUUGAAAUUAGUGAUAGGUACACGCCGGACGUACAAAAAUUAAUAUUAAAUUAUUCAAAUUAAAAUUGAAGACUGAAAUGAAAGUAUAUGAAACUUAAGAGUGAAGAGAAUGAUCAAUGAAGUAGUAACUAGUAAAGUGGUAACGGUUUGUCUUUGUGCUUUGUGCUUUGUAGUUGCGGGUCGAGGUCAAGGGAAACACGGUUUAAACCACAACGUCGGUUACGUUUGAUGUUUGUAUUUCAUUAUCGUCUUGUUAUCACGAAUUCCUUUAUCAUGAUAAAAAAAUAAUAAUAAAAGAUAAUUUAAUACAAUUAUUAUUGGCACCGUCAAUUUAGUUUUUACUGUUUAACAUUUUUUUUUUAUUUUUAUUUUAUUUUCCCAUCCUUUUAAAUUCAAAUUUAUUAAUAUUAUUAUUGAAUCACAAUGCUUUAAACAGGUCAAAGACAUUUGUUGUUUUAACGAUGGACUCUUCUAGUGGACAGUGUAAUCAGGAGACUGACACUUCACUGUACAACGAAGAGGAUAGUUUAGAUCCUAGAAUUCAACUGGAACUUGAAAAAUUGAAUUCAUCCACAGACAAUAUAAACAAACUUGAAAUUGAAUUAGAUGAAGCAAAUACAACAUUUAGAAUGUUGAUGGCUGAAGCUUCUAGGAGAUUGAAAGUACGAGCCCGCAAACUAGGUUCAUGCAUUGAUAAAGCUCGACCAUUUUAUGAUGCACUUAAUAUGUCAAAACAUUCUCAGCAACAAUGUCAAAUUGCAGCUGUAAAAUACCAACGAGCUAAUGAAAUUCAUCAAGCUGCUAAAGAGACUGUGGCAUUAGCUGAGGCACGGUUUCUUAGUAAACAACAUGAAUGGAAAUUUGAUAGUGCGUGGCAAGAAAUGUUAAAUAAUGCUAUUCAAAAGGUAACAGAAGCAGAAAAUCAAAAGACUGAAAGUGGACGUGAGCAUCAAAGAAAAGCUGCUCUCUACCAAGCUGCUGAACAAAAGGUUCAAAUGUUGGAGCAAAAGUUUAAACGUAGCAUUAUUAAGUCUCGUCCAUAUUUUGAAGAAAAAUAUUUAUGUGAAGGUCAAUUAGCAGCACAAAAGGAUACUAUUAUUCAAAUCCGAUAUGCUGUGCAACGAGCUAAACAAGAAUAUUCUGCGUGUUUGCACAGACUUGAACAGAUCUCUGAAGAAAUUCAUGUUCAACGACAAAACAACAAACUUAUGGAAUGUUCGUUGCAAGGUCCACGAGAACCUGGUGUUGGUGCUGAAGUUUCUCCUAUGGUCAACAGCUGGCAAGAGCUAGAUAACAAAAAGGAUGCCAAUGGCAUGGAAGAUAUAAAUUUAGAUUGGAAUUUGGAUAAAUGUGAUUCAAGAAGCCUAGGUAGUCUAUCAAUGGAUACUAGUUCUAUUUUGAGUGAUGCAGAUGACUUGGAUUUUGAUGAUGAUACCCAAGUGACGAUGGAACUGGAACAACUACGUCAAAAAGUACGUGAUCUUGCUACUAAACCAUUGAUGAUGGAAAGUAAAAGAACUGAAGAGGUUGAAGGCGUGGAAGAUCGCAAAGGUUGGGAAAGUGAGUUAAAUGCUACUGUUGACAAAUUGGAUAGAAUGAUGUUGAAACAGGAAUGUGAAAAAUCCCAACAGCAAUCACCCGUUUAGUACAUAAUUGGUGCAAAUCAAAAAUUGUUAGGCUUUCAAUUGGCCAAAGGAGAAAAUGUUAACCUGCGAUGAAUUGAGAUGGGAAUUAUAAUUGUGUAUGUUAGCCUUGUCUCAAUGAGUGUUAUGUUUUCUUGUUCUUAUUGUUAAAGUUGAUUUAUCGAUUAAUAUUAAUUUCUCACUUAUUUUUUCCUAUUUGGAAAUUGUAAACCAAGGUAGCUAGUAUCGAGCACAAUAUCAUUUAAUCCUAUAUUGUAAGUAAAUUAAGAUUGUAGGUAACGUAACUUAAUGUUUAUUGGCUGUCUGAAUCAAUGUGCAUGUAUAUUUGUUUAUAGUAAAGCAAUGAUGUUUUAAGUAUCUUAGUCUAUUGUAAAUAUUUACCAUGUUGCAAACUAAUUAAUGUCGUUAAUAAUUAGGUAGUUAUUAUAAAAAACAACUUCAUAUUUUGAUAGCAGUGAUUUAUUUAAAAUGUUGUUCCAUUACAGAGUUAAUGUUACCCAAAUGACAACAAAAUUAAAAUAUGUGUUUUUUUUUUUAGUUUAUUAUAUAGUAUAAUUUCCUAAUGCCAUUCUAUUUUAUUUAUGUUUUUUUUUCUUAAUAUGUAACUUAUUUUUAUAAAUAAAUUUUAAAUAUAACAUUGUUUAUAAUUAUUAUGAAAAAAACAUAAUUUAAUAUAAUAUAUAUCUUAUGUAUAAAACAUGUUAAAUGAUAAAAGUAAUCUAUGAUGGUCCAA